UGCUCUUUUUUCUCCUCUCAUUCUACUGCGCUUUCUCUCUCUCGCUGGUUUGUUCCUCCCUCCCCAGCCAUGCCACAUCCCCUCCCACAGCUCGCAAGCAGAAUUCCUCCCCCCCCAUCUUUUUAUCAUGAUGCUAUAGAUUUUAUGUAUCCCUAUCUUCUUAUCAAUCAGGUGAUCUACUGGAUCUCAGCCACACGAUCUUCCAGGCUUCCACUUUCCCCACUGGUGCGCAUGUAUUCUUUUCAUCUGGUAACAUUACAGUGCGUGCUCUCCGGCUUCACACUGGGUUCUUUCACGCUUCCUGGAGGCUGGGCCAUUGGUUGCCGUCCCUCCCUCCCAUCCUUCUGAGUGAAAAUGGUCCGUGUGUCCUGCUUCUGCAGAAGCAAAUUAUGAUCCGUAUCUCUCUCCAUGAACGACGAGUUUUACAUUUCAGAGAACAGGUCAGCAGGAAGGACGGAUCCAGCACCCGGGGAAGGAGAAGUCCUAGCACUCCACGUAAGACUGGCAAAUGGGACCUCUCUUUGACUACAGGGUCUACUUUGUUUGCCUGCUGGCUCCCACCCUGUUUCUGAGGCUGGGCUCCUCCAGAUCCAGCACACCUAACGUUACGCUUGGACAUCAUGGUUGCAUAGACGGUGCAAAAUGUAAAGAAAAAUGUCCCUCAGAGUGGAUGUUCUAUGAGGACACCUGCUACGGGGUCUUCACCGAUGUUGUCGCCUGGGAUGAAGCAGAGGCCAAAUGUUUCAGGUAUCACCAGAGCCAUCUAGCGUCCAUCCUUGAUGAAGAAGAGAUGACAGCCAUUUCCAAGUUCAUUACCACUAAUUAUAAGUCCGUCGGGCCUAUCUGGAUUGGACUUCACGACCCCUUUGCGAACAGGCGCUGGCGCUGGACGGACCUGUCCUUAAGCUCAUACCUCUCUUGGAACGAUAAAGAGCCCAAUGGCAGGAAAAAGAAAGAGCUGUGUGUUCAUUUGGUCGUGAACAGAGAAUACAUGCGCUGGAAUGAUGCAAAGUGUUCCAUGGAGAUGGCCUUCAUCUGCAAAUAUCACCUCUGAGGGAGGCAGGAGAGGCCAGUGGGUGCCGGCAAGAUCGCACAGAUGAUGCUUAGGGUCUCCUUCCAUGGAAGGACGGAGAGGUCUCCUCGUUUCAAGGUCCUUGUACUUGGACGUUCUGUCCACACAGGGCCAGACCGUCUUGGGUGAAACCAAUAAAACAUC